CAGCUUUUCAAAUCCACACAAUCUGCUGCUUUGAUUAAGAGACACAUGAAGAUGGACAGGGUGUUUUCUCCAUCUUUGAUCUUGAAUGUUUUAAAUGUAUACAUUUCAAUAUGACGCUCUUUAGCCUCCAUGCGUUUACUGCUCAUCCCCUUUAUUUAUUUCUAUAGCAAAACCUGCUUCAUAGGAAGCAAACAUGCAACACGAUAACUAUUACUUUCAUUUUCACAGGGUGCAGUUUCUUGUAAACGGUCUCACUUAUCAGAAGUGUGUCUGUGUGUCUGUGUGUGUAAAAGCAGCAGCAGAACUCUUCCUGCCUCAGAGACUCACUGAGAGGUUGGACGAUGGACUCUGAAGCCACGAUGGAGGUUGCGGCACUCGGCCGACCCUUCAGUCUCGGGAUGUUGUACGACUGCAGAAAAGACUUACUCAUCCCUGGAAUUACAUUGUGGGACCGUGACGACCUGAGAACUGAUAUUGGUGAACGACCAAAAAACUACAAUGAAUUUGAGAUAGUUGCAUCUGAAUCUAUUGCAGAUAAAUCUGCAGCGCUAAAUGUUGAAGCAUCACUGAAGGCCAGUUUCCUGUGUGGACUGGUGAAGGUUGAAGGAUCGGCCAAAUACCUGAAUGACAGCAAGACUUCCAGAAACCAGGCCAGAGUAACACUGAACUACAAAGCUACCACAAAGUUCCAGGAACUGUCCAUGAACCAUCUUGGAAUUGACAAUGUGAAGCAUAAGUACGUCUUUGACAAAGGAUUAGCAACCCAUGUAGUCACAGGUAUUCUUUAUGGGGCACAAGCCUUCUUCGUCUUUGACCGUGAGGUGUCUGAACAUGAAAAUCAUCAAGACAUUCAGGGUGACUUAAAGGUCAUGAUCGAUAAGUUCCCCAGCAUCAAGAUAGAAGGUGAAGGUUCCCUGAAGAUGGAAGAAAAGGACAAAGAGAAAGUUGACAAAUUCUCCUGCAAAUUCCACGGAGACUUUUCCCUUAAAGAGAACCCUGUGUCCUUCAGUGAGGCAGUAAAAGUCUACCAGAGUCUGCCAGGACUGUUGGGAGCCAACGGAGAGAACGCCGUACCAAUGACGGUUUGGCUGCUGCCGCUGUCAAGUCUAGAUUCUUCUGCUGCUAAACUCGUUCGUCAGAUAAGUAUUCGGUUAGUUCAGGAAUCCCAGAGCAUCCUCGAGGACUUCAGUGAGCUGGAAAUGAGGUGCAACGAUGCGUUGAACAACACCACUGCACAGAAGUUCCCACAGAUUGGCAGAAAGAUCAAAACCUUUAAAGAGAUGUGCUCUGAGUCCAGACUGGAACUCCAACAAACUUUGGCAAGGAAACUUCCAUCAAUCCGAGGAGGAGGAGAAGAGGAAUCUGUGCUCAUUGACAUCCUGAAGAAAAGACAUUCUUCUCCAUUCAACAGCAAAAAGCUCAACGAGUGGAUUGAAUGCAAAGAGAGAGAAAUCCACAUGUUGAAGUCUUUGACCAACAUGAUGAAAAACACAAAGAUCGUUCCAUCUCAAAAUGAUCUUGAUGGAGAAAUUUUCCAUUCAGAACAUGUGAUGUGCUUUGUCUUCACCUCACUAGGAAGUCAUGAAUCGUACCUUUCAACUUUAUCAAGCUACUUAAGACAAACAGAAGAAAACCCUCAAGAUGUACACACUCAAGAUUUAGAGGAGGAACAAUGGUUCCUUUCCAACAAAGCAGCAGAUACAUUGAGGCUCAAAGCGAAGCUGUUCAGUGAUUUUGCAGAGGCCAACAAGGAGAAAGAGAACAUCAAGUUCUUCACCUUGGGAUUAGCAAAUGAGGAACAGAAAGGCUCAAGCAUCUACCUUUAUAAAGACGGCUUUCCUGACAGUCAGAACUUUGAGCCUCCUUCAAAGCCUGAAGCGUUAACAGUAAGCGACAUAAACCACAACAGUGUGACACUGAAGGUGUCUCCACCCAGAUCUGGAGCAGAGAACAUCACCUCCUACUGUGUUGAGUACAGUGUCAGUGGAGAAGAUGGAUGGAAACAGAAGGCAGCAUCCAGAGAUGAAGAAGUCCCAGUGAGCGGUCUGAGUCCUAACACAGAGUAUGUGUUCAGAUGCAGAGCGGUGACCUCAGCAGGUGUUGGACCAGCCAAUGACCUCAGUGGUUCCAUUAGGACCUUACCCUGCAGCCCUCCUGGGAAACCUCAAGUUGAACCCAGUUCAACAGAGGUAUCAGUCAGCUGGGAGAAGCCUGCUGAGCUCGGACAAGAUGUCCGCAUUCUGGGCUACAUGGUGGAGUACGCCGAGACAAAAGACGGGGUGAAAGAGGACGAUCUCCAGUGGAAACAAAUGAUGUCAACGGCUGAAAAGGCCGUCAUUUCAGGACUUCAGGCAGAGACAGAAUAUGUUGUCAGGGUCCGAUGUGAUUGUGGAGCAGCCGACAGAAGCAAACAAAGCCUCACUGUUAAAGUCUGCACUACAAAAUGUAAACCUCUCCCAGAAUACCUCAAAAGAACCAGCGUAAAGAUGGACUCUGGAUCUCCGUCAGUUUACAAACUGCCACUGAAGGAAGAAGAUGUGAACAUAGAUGGAUGCACUAAAAUCACUUUUGGUCAAGAAAGCAUGAGGAAAAAUCGCACUAUUAUUCUCUUCGGAGUGACGGGAUCAGGGAAGUCUACUCUGAUCAAUGCGAUGAUCAACUACCUCGUUGGUGUGGAGUGGAAGGACGCCUUCAGAUUUCAGAUGGUUGACGAGGAUCAGUCCAGAUCUCGAGCUGAAAGCCAGACCUCUGAGGUCACCGUCUACAAAAUCAACCACCAGGAGGGAUUUAAAAUCCCUUUCUCUCUGACUAUCAUUGACACUCCAAGCUUCGGAGAAACAGAAGACACAGAAAGAGGCGAGAAGACCAUCCAACAUCUAUGUGAACUCUUCGCCGACGAGCACGGUGUGAGUGAUAUUGACGCUCUGUGCUUCAUAGUUCCGGUUGCUUCGGAACAACUCCCGAAACCACAGCAGGCUGUGCUGGAUUCUCUGCUCUCAAUCUUUGGCGAGGACAAGGCCGAGAACAUCUACAAUCUGGUGACAUCCACGGAUGUCGCGUGUCCUAAAACAAAAAGCGCGCUGCCGAUUCACUUCAAGUUCAACAAUUCAGCGUUGUUUGCAGACAACAAGUCACCGGCAGUAGAUGUGAAUGGGGGCGAUGAAGAUGAAGAGGGAGAAUUCUAUCAGAUGUGUUGGAACAUGGGGACAAAAUGCAUGAAGAGGUUUUUUGUCGCUUUAAAUAUCUUAGAAACGAGAAACUUUUCAUGGCCAUGCGUCUAAAAAGCCUGUUGUCUCGGUGUGUCCAUCUCCCGUUUUAUUUUGUAGUUUCAUGUCUCUCGUGUCCCAGGGGUAACUUCACUUCUUCCCCUGUGAUGGUCUGCUGUGUCGAUGAUUGUUUCCACUUGUUGUCCAAUCACCUGCUGACACCUGUUUGGGUCAUUCAGACGUGUCUUCCAUUUGGAAUAAAUACGCUUUGGGAGAUAAAAGAGGCAGCUGAAGAGGUUCAAAAGCACGAGAUAAACAGAUAUGAAGAAAUUGAGGAGGUUCAGGAAAAGAAAAGGGAGGGAGCCAUGAAACGUAUUUCCAUCCCUCAGAGACUAAGACACCUGCUAAACAUACGGCACCAAGAGAAAGAGGAGCUGCAUUCGAACCCGGAGCAUCAACAAAGAACCAAACCAAACGAUAUGAAGCUCCAGAUGAUCUUCUCUAAAAUGUCUACACCUCAAAAAUGGUGUGUCUGCUUUGAAGGUCGAAAAGGUUGAAGAUCUUUAUUGACUUUACCAACCUGAGGAGUGAAAAUGUCACUAAUUGUAUUUCAUAUUACUUCAUUUAAAUAUUAUCGUAACAUUGAUUUAAAUUGUUGAUUCAGGUUUUUAAUCAUGAAAAUUGAUCACAUUGUUUUUGUUUUUUUUAUCUUCGAGAUUUGAAAAUGGUAUUAAUGUGAAUAUUAAAUUAUACAUUAUUGAAUUACGUUAUUGUUCUACAAAUGAUAAAAUGAUCAUUUUUAAUGAUAUUUAUGAAAGAAUUUUAAGAAUAAAAAAAUUGAAAGAAUGAACCUGGAAGGAGACAUCUGCUCAUUGAUUUGGAAACACAGGUAUCGGUUUGUGGUAUUAGGUUCACUCUACUACAUGUAAUCAAUGGGAGAUUUACAUUCUUUUAAUUCCCCUUGUGUAUUGACUCGUAUUCCACAGUCAUGUGACCAUAAUUUGCCGUCUUUUUUUGGGUGGAGCCGAGAGUGACGUCAGCGAGACAUUUUCAAAAUGUUUUGUUUUGUGUGAAACAAUGAACUAAUCAGGGAACAAUAUAAUGAUGUUGCACAUCAAAAGACUCAUAUUUUUUCCUAUUAAUAGAUGAAUACAUGAAUUUGCCUCUUUCAGGUAUUUACAUGAGUUGAAAUGUUUUAAGUCAGAUGAAAGUAGAGAUGUAUCAUGUAUCUCUUGUA